CAACUAAACUAAGAGUAGUGUUGUGAGAAGCAGUAUUGAUGAAACCAAGAGGGAGGAGGUGAUUGAUUCCGGAGUUUCUAGUAGAAUAGAAGAAGAAGCUAAUCACGAUGACCAUUUCAUCAUCAUCAUCAUCAGCCGUGAAACUCCAGUGUAUCUGGUAUCUUUGUCGUCGUACCUCCCAUCACGCCGAACAAUUUUCCUUCAACGCCGUCUCACUCCGUCUUCCUUCUCCUAACCUCCCAUCACGCCUUCAAUAUCCUCGUUUGGCUUCAGUUUCUACUACGACGUCGUUUCAACCCCAACCUACCUUCACUUCCUCAGUAGGAUCUCCUCCACCAAUUCCACACCAAUUGACUCUCACUCAACGCCACCUCAUCCUUCUCAAUGUCAUCGCUGCCGCUACAGCAAUUUCUGCGACUUGGCUUUUCUUCUCUGCAAUUCCUACCCUUCUGGCGUUCAAAAGGGCAGCAGAAUCUCUUGAAAAGCUGCUUGAUGUUACUAGGGAGGAACUUCCUGAUACAAUGGCUGCUGUACGUUUAUCAGGAAUGGAGAUCAGUGAUCUAACAAUGGAGCUCAGUGAUUUAGGACAGGAGAUAACCCAAGGUGUCAAAAGCUCCACCCGUGCUGUUCGUUUAGCUGAGGAAAGAUUGCGUCGAUUGACAAAUAUGAACCUAUCAGCAUCCAUGCAGGUGGCAGUCCAAAUGAAACCCACACAAGCAGGACCAGUGGUAGCUAGAAUAGCCAGGGGAAUACGGGAGAGCAUUGUGAAAAGCCGAGCAUUUGUGCAAAUGUUUUUCUCCAUUACCCAAUUUUCAAAGGUUGCUGUUAAGUACUUGAAAUCUCGAGGAAAGUCAAAAGCUUGAAAAAUAAGACAAGCUUGGCGAUGAGGGAAAUGCUUGUAUGUAGUUAUGUUGUUAUUAUGCCUUGCUUCAGGGCUCAGGCAUUGUGUUAACAUGUUUCUGUGGUAAAAAUAAUUUUUGUUUUCUAUUAUGGAUCGUUCAUGUGAAAUGAGUUAUGUGCAUGGUGUGCCUAAAGUGUAACAGAUUUGGUUUUUGUUAUCGUUCCAUCUUCAACUAAUGAAUCUAUUAGAAUCUCUCUCUUUCUUA